AUGGCUACCCGAACCGGCCCUGUGUCAACUUUUAAACGUGAGCGCGCGGCUUUCGUCCUCGGUUUGCGAAUGCAGGCGAGGCUGCUGAUGGAAAAUCCCCUGGCUGGUGAGGCUGUUGCUAAGAAUAUGCGUGAGCUUUUUAGUAGUGUUCAUCGGCUUAAGGAUGCCUCUAUGGCUAUGGCUGUUGAUGCUCGGGGCAAUGCUUAUGUUAUGGCGAAACCGUACGGGUUUUAUAGCUAUAAUGUGCCGCUUAUGUGCAAUGAUCUUGUUGCUUGUUUGUUGCACUGGGCGGAUAUUCUUGUUAAUACUGAUGGACGGAGGACAGAUGGAAUUGUUGUUGAUUCUAUCGAGGGGGUUUUAGCUUCUUUAUGUUUUUGA